AUGUCUCUUGAAAAGCAAAUCAAUAAAGAAAGACAAGAGAUUCUUAUGUUGCAAUCUGAAUCAACGCACACCUCAACUCAUCCUACGGCAUCUCAACUAAGCCAGCAAUUAUUGUCCAGUUCAACAGACAGUGACAGGACAGAAGGUAGGAGAACUAAAGCCUGUCAAAUUUAUGACUUUAUAUGGGAUGAUCCCAGUUAUAGAGAUGAUAGUGAUGACUUUGUUUCCUUUCAAAAAGAUGGUUCACUAACUGUGAAUAAGAAGAAUAGGCCUAGAUAUGACAAACUUUCAAUAGAACAAUGGGGAUACGCUAAUUCCAAAAUUAUGGAACGUUUGAUUAAUGAUGGCUCUCUUUCUACCACUAUUCAAAUUAUGGGAUACAUGGAAUAUACAGAGUCGGUUUUUCGUUUGUUCAGUAGAUAUUUAAAAAGUAGUGUCUUGAUGUUUGAUAAAGAGUAUCGCGAAUUGCAAAAUAAACUGAAAUUCAAAUGGGGAACUGUGCGACAAGACUUACAUAAUUUCCAACUUAUUGCCAAAACACCUCUUUCUGGAGAGGCAUCACAGAAAAAGUAUCGCGAUUCAUCUUACUCUGUAAAUUCAAAAGAAUUCCAAAGUCGUCAUCGGGGACCAACUACUCCAACAGGGAAGGAAAUUUGCAUAAAAUUUAAUUCAGAAACUUGUGACAGAGCUACCUGUAAAUUUCAGCAUUGUUGUUGUUUAUGCCACUUAGAACAUCCAGCUAUUAAACAUGGUUCAACAUGGUUCAUAAAUUUACCGAGGGGUUAA